GUACCUGCGAGCCAACGGCCUUCCGAACAUGAAAAGUUUUGCAGCUUUCGCGCUGUUCGCGGUGGCGAGCCUGGCAAACGAAGAUGCGGAGCGCGCUCGGAUUCUCUCCGAAAUCGAGGCGUUCAAAGGCCAGCUGCAGCAGCAGCGCACGAUCAUCCAACAGCAGUUCCUCCAACUCGCCAACCUGGAGGAAGACGAGGCGCGUCGCCUGCAGACCGUUGGCAACGUUACAGCGACUGCCUGGGCAACAGAGAAAGCCGCUCUUGAUGCGACCGACGGGAGCAUGGCGGCGGCCAUGGACACUCUUUGGCUCUGCUUGUGCGGUGCUCUAGUCAUGUUCAUGCAUGCCGGCUUCGCCAUGCUGGAGACCGGAUGCUGUCGCUCCAAGAACGCAUCCAACGUGUUAAUGAAGAACUUGGUCAAUGUUUGCGUAGGCACUCUUGGAUGGUGGAUUCUUGGAUACGCUUUUGCCUAUGGGGGCGGCAUCAACCGCUUCAUUGGCACGACGAACUUCCUGGGUGAGGGUUUCUACACAAAGGAUGCAUCCGGAAACAUCCUGGCCCCAGGUUGUGCCAACAAUGCUUGUCAGAGCACGGCACUUGCGUGGUUUUUUCAGUGGGCAUUUUGCACAGCUGGAGCCACCAUCGUGAGCGGAGCUGUGGCUGAGCGCGUCCAGGGUCCGACAUACGCGAGUUAUGCCUUCGUCAUGACCUCGUUAAUAUACCCUGUGGUCGUGCACUGGGGUUGGAGUGGCAGUGGCUUCCUCGGAGACAUCCUGGAUGUCGGCGUCAUGGAUUUUGCUGGUAGUGGCAUUGUGCACUUGACCGGUGGAGUCAGUGGACUUGCUGGAACCAUCGUGUUGGGGCCACGGAAAGGGCGCUUUGUCAACCCAGAGGAGUUUGAGCCUCACAACCUUCCGCUCGUGGUUUUUGGAACCUUCGCGCUGUGGUUCGGCUGGUAUGGAUUCAACCCGGGUUCAACCCUGGGCAUGUCCGACGGCGACACUGGUGCACUGGCGGCCCAAGUGGCCAUGAACACCACAAUCGCUGCAGCCACAGGCGGCAUCACUGUCUUCCUGCUGCGGUACAUAAUCCUUCGCAAGUAUGAUGUGGGUGGGCUCUGCAACGGCAUCUUGGCAGGGCUUGUUUCCAUCACGGCACCGUGUGGGAACAUUGAAUGUGGCAGUGCAUUCGCCGUCGGCUUUGUCGGUGCCCUUGUCUACCAGGGAUCGUCCAUGCUCCUACAGAAGCUGAAGAUUGACGACCCUGUGGAUGCAAGCCCAGUUCAUGGCUUCUGCGGAAUCUGGGGUGUGCUGGCUGCUGGUUUGUUCGACUGGGGCAAGGGCUUUGAUCACUUCCAUGGCUGGAGCGGUUGGGGUUGCAUGAGGGAUGGUAACGGUGGAUGCCAAACAGGCAUCAACGGUUCAGCCCUCGGCGCACAAGUCAUCCUGAUCCUCAUGGUGAUUGCCUGGGCCGGCACGAUCUCGGCCUUGACCUUUGCCCUUCUCAAGUGGUGGGGGGCUUUGCGGAUUUCUGAGGACACGGAGGACAUGGGCCUGGAUGCCAAGGCGCACUCGCCUCCAAAGGCCUAUGCCUUCUCUGCUUGA